CCUGGCCCAAGCUCACUCACUCACUCUCAUCACUCAGAACCUCACUCAUCGAAAGCAUCAUCCGGCUGGGGGGGCUUCCUUCAUCGUGCGAGAACAAAAUCGUCUCCUCAGCAGCCUGCGUGCGCUUCUUCUCGCUCUCAAUCGGGACACAAAGUUUUGUUUUACGAAAAAUACAAACCCCGGCCAUGAUGGCCGACUCAACAAUGACGGGCUCCGCCGCCGCCGCAGACGAGCCCUUCACCCUCGAGGAGCGCAUCAAGCAGCUCUGCGACAUCGACGCCAACACAGUCCAGCUCAUGCGCCACACCUCGUCCGCCAUGUCCGCCCUCGGCGCCCAGCAGGGCCCGGACGUGACCCCGGAGCAGCAGAAGCAAACAUUCCAGUCCUCCAUGGACGCCCUCCUCUCCACCCUGCACGCCGUCGACGUCCACAUGAAGCGCCAGAUCAUGGGUCUCGAAGAGGCCGGCAUCAUCAAGCUCCGGAGCGGCGGCGGCGGUGGCGGUCCUGGAGACGGCGGGCCCGGCGCCGGCGGCGACAAGACCGCGGGGGGCCGCCAGGUCGUCAUGAACGAGGACGCAAAGAUCGUCGCCAGGGCCUCCCUCGAGCCCAACGGCGUCGGCACCAUCGGCAACCUCGACGUCGGCUGGCUCAACAGCCGCAACAACAAGGUCGAGCGCGACAUGGAGGCCGAGCUGUGGGCCAAGAUGCGGGACUUCCUCGAGAGGUAUCACGCGCAGGAGCUGGGAGCCGACGGAGAGGGUGAUAGGAUGCAGCAGUGAGGCUCGCCAUCGUGACACCUAGGCGUACAUUGAGAGACGUAAAACAAGAAAGAUCUAGCAGCCGGAUAUACUGGCGGACGCCGUCCUACGACGACAAGACAAAACGACGAUGGGCGAAAUAGCCCGAGUAAGUGUUUUGAGCAGGUGCUCUUUCUUUUUCUUCUUCUUUCAACCAACUGACUAAUCACAGAACAAUUCACCCGAUAGAUAGAUAGAUACCCACCACCCUUCCCUCUUUCAUCAUUCUCACACCGAGUCGCGAGGACCAAGAACCAAUGGAACCAAAGACUCUACAGGCCAGUUCCUGCUUGUGUAUGCGCGGGGAUUAUUUCCCCAUAACGAAUGACAUUUAAUUCAUACUGCUUACUUAUGCUCUCGAGCCUCGUCCAUAGCCUAGCCACCAGUUAUUAUGUCGUGCCCCAUGAUGCGCAUUCUGAUGCUGAACCGAGAUGCAGAAAGCAUGCCGCUGAACCGAGAUGCAGAAAGCAUGCCGC